GAUCUGCUCGGCCAUCGCGCGCCUGCGCCAUUGGGCUGUCAGUCGGAGGCGGCGUGGGGAGCGCUGGGAGCUGUUGCGGCGCGCCGGGAGCUGAGUUUGUAAAAAUGGAAUUUCAAGCAGUAGUGAUGGCAGUUGGAGGGGGAUCACGGAUGACAGACCUGACUUCCAGCAUUCCUAAACCUCUGCUGCCAGUUGGGAACAAACCUUUAAUUUGGUACCCAUUGAACCUGCUUGAGCGUGUUGGAUUUGAAGAAGUCAUUGUCGUUACAACCAGGGAUGUCCAAAAGGCUCUAUGUGCAGAAUUCAGGAUGAAAAUGAAGCCAGAUAUUGUGUGUAUUCCUGAUGAAGCUGACAUGGGAACUGCAGAUUCUCUGCGCCGCAUAUAUCCAAAACUUAAGACAGAUGUACUGGUCCUGAGCUGUGAUCUGAUAACAGAUGUUGCCUUACAUGAGGUUGUGGACCUGUUCAGAGCUCAUGAUGCGUCACUCGCCAUGUUAAUGAGAAAAGGCCAAGAUAGCUUAGAACCAGUUCCUGGUCAAAAAGGGAAAAAAAAAACAGUGGAGCAGCGUGACUUCAUUGGAGUGGACAGCACAGGAAAGAGGCUGCUCUUCGUGGCUAAUGAAGCAGACUUGGAUGAAGAGCUGGUCAUUAAGGGAUCCAUCCUACAGAAGCACCCUAGAAUACGUUUCCACACAGGCCUUGUGGACGCCCAUCUCUACUGCUUGAAAAAAUACGUUGUGGACUUCCUAAUGGAAAAUAAGUCAAUCACUUCCAUCCGAAGUGAACUAAUUCCAUACCUAGUAAGAAAACAGUUCUCAGCUUCCUCACAACAAGGACGAGAAGAAAAAGAGGAGGAUCUAAAGAAAAAGGAGCCGAAGUCCUUAGAUAUUUACAGUUUUAUAAAAGAAGCCAAUACACUGACCUUUGCUCCCUAUGAUGCCUGCUGGAAUGCCUGUCAAGAAGACAGAUGGGAAGACUUAUCCAGGUCACAGGUGCGCUGCUAUGUCCACAUCAUGAAAGAGGGGCUCUGCUCUCGAGUGAGCACCCUGGGACUCUACAUGGAAGCAAAUAGACAGGUGUGCAAAUUGCUACCUGUUCUCUGUCCAGAAGAAUCACUGAUCCAUUCAUCAGCCCAGAUUGUCAGCAAACACCUGGUUGGAGUUGACAGCCUCAUCGGACCAGAUACACAGGUUGGAGAGAAGUCAUCCAUUAAGCACUCAGUCAUCGGUUCAUCCUGUGUCAUAAGAGAUAGAGUGACUAUCACCAAUUGCCUUCUCAUGAACUCAGUCACAGUGGAAGAAGGAAGCAACAUCCAGGGCAGCGUCAUCUGCAACAACGCUGUGAUCGAGAAGGGAGCAGACAUCAAGUACUGCCUAGUUGGAAGUGGCCAGAGGAUUGAAGCCAAAGCCAAACGAGUGAAUGAGGUGAUCGUGGGGAAUGACCAGCUCAUGGAGAUCUGAGUUCUGAGCAAGUCAGACUCCUUCCUCUUGGCCCCCAGAACUACAGAUGUUGGCUGGCCCACCUGUUUGACUCUGUAUUUAUUUCCCAAUAAAGAAGGGCUCCCAAAGGCAUGCUGGAGAUUUGUGGAUUAGUCCCAAGCUCCACGUCAGGUGGGCUCCGGGGAUA